GAUACUUUAGUGCUUAGUUAUGGCUAACGAACAUCGACAACCCACUAAUUCAAAUUCGCCCGGGUUGCAAGGAGUACCACACAUGGAACAUUCAAUUAAUCUACCCCUAAACGACGUGCGACAGUCUUCACAAAAAACGGAUGUAAAUGGUAGUCAGACAUAUAAAACAUCUGAAAAAGAUUGGGAAUCAAUAAAUCGUGGUUCUUCGGGAAGUGGAGUUAUUGCUUCAAAUUCAAGUGGGAACAACGUACAUAGUUUUGGUAACGAAGCUUUUGUUACUGGUCAUCAACAAAGAAUCAUGAAUUCUAAUAUAAAAACUGAUUUGGGUGUGCUGACUGGUUUCUCAAAUCUUGGACAAUUUUCCCCAGUAAAAAUGCCACCUGGGUUUAAUAAUUUAAAUAACGGUGUAUCAGGGAAUCCUGGUGGUGGUGAUUAUAAUAACAACAAUAGAACUCCUUUUAAUCACGCCUCAGAUAAUGCUCCUAUUCCAGUAGGUUCAGGGUUUGGUCGUAGUAAUAGUAUUUCAGUAAUACCUCAAAGUGUCCAUGGUGGUGAAGAUUAUCAAAAUUUAUAUAAUACCUAUGGUAGUUCAUUUCUUGCAACUUCACCUUCUCCACGAGCUAAUAAAAAUAAUUCUGGUUUUGGAGGAAAUUAUGAUAAUUCUUAUUUUGAGUCUGCUUUUAUUAAAAAUUCGUAUACAUUAUCCGAAAAAGAUGAUCAUGAUUGGGAGAAAGCGAUGCGGACUCCCGGACUUGAAGAUUCGCCAAAGGUUCGUUAAAAUG